AAUAAUAUAAAAGUUGCAUCUUUUAGUCGAUAUCAUCUGGUUGUGAUUGCGAUAGCAGCUGCAGUCUAUUUGAAGAUUGUUUUGCAUGUCAUCGACAAAAAUGACUCGAGCGCUUAUCUGGACCGCCGUGAUGGGAAUAUCGUUUAUGGCGACCUUUGUCGACGCCAAGCCAGGCAAAGUGAUUGAACCCAGAGGAGGAGAAAUCUCCUUGUCCAAGCAUGAGGAGAAAAAGCAGCCCAAAUUCCAGAUCCAUCACAAACAUCGCGCGCCGGCAACUCUUCCCACCUCAUUUGAUUGCCGCAAGAAAUGGUCGCAGUGCAAGAGUAUUGCUGACAUCCGCGAUCAAGGUCAAUGCGGCACUUGCUGGGCUGUAUCCUCCGCCAGCGUUUUAUCUGACCGCAUUUGCAUUGCUGAACUCACCGCCGGCAAAACACCAUCGCAAAUCUACGUCUCCGCUUUGGACCUUGCCACGUGUAAAGAUGCAACCCGUACACCUGACCAAAACUGCAAUCAGGGUGGCAACACCGCUACUGCCUACCGAUGGGCCACACUGACCGGUUACAUCACCGGUGGCAAUCUCAACAGUAAAGUCGGCUGUAAGCCAUAUCCAGUGGGCAAUGACGGGCCGAUGCCGCUAUCUUGCUCCAAGACCUGCACAAAUACCGGCUAUGGGAAAACUCCCUCACAAGAUACUGCAUAUGUUGACGGCUUCUGGACUAGCUAUUUGGAUGACAAUCCAUCGCCAGCUAAGAUCCAAGAAAAUGUCGUUAAAAUGCAGCAGGAUAUCUACGCCAACGGUCCUCUUACGGCCAAUAUGCGGGUGUGGAGCGAUUUUGCCGGAUGGAAACCGGAAAACGGCGCCUAUCGUGGACCUAGCACAACAGCUAAACAAAAGGAGGGUCACGCUGUCCGUAUCAUCGGUUGGGACACCGACAAGAACGGCGUGAAAUACUGGAUGAUUGCCAACUCGUGGGGUGUCGGUGACCAAUGGAACUCGCGUGGUGACAAGGGUGUCUACUGGAUCGAAAUGGGCAAGAACGUCGUCGGCAUUGAAAGCAAGCCCACCGCUCCCAUCGUGGUCCUGCCCAACAACUGUGCCGGUUUCUGCGAUGCACCCAUUACCCAGAUUGUGCAUCUGGAUGCACAGAACCUGAAAUCGCCAGUCUACGCUUUUCAAGGCAGCUGUACUACUCAGAUCACCGUGGCGGCCAAUGGUAAAAUCACACCAGUCGGCACUCCACAGCCAAUCGGCAAGGUCUUCGUUACCGGUCCCGCUGGCCCGAUCACUAGCUGGAUGGGUGCCACUGGUCCUACCGAUCCUUUGUGGCUUGUCAACCCUGCCGGUGAAGCCGCAUCUUGCCUUCCGGUUAGCGGAUCCACCAAGAUUGACUGUUCAUCGGGUACUGCCACCGCCGGAGCAUCGGCUGCCACGAUGGUUGGCGGAGACAGGAUCGUGUACUAUAACGACAGAAAUCAGUACCUCUACACCUUUAAGGGCGCCGGAACCACCGGUUCACCUUCUAAAAUCGCUGACGCUAUCAGCAGCAAGUUCAGUCAGGUCAACUCGCUACUAAACAUCGAUAAUGCCAAUAUACUGGUCUGCGGUUUGGAUACAACCGGAAAGACUUCAUGUGGACUGAUGAAAGUUUCGGACAAAUCGGUUACGGCACCACAACCGAUCAAGAGCCUAUCAACCAAGUGCUAAAGCAAUUUUUGUCAUAACGUUGCGUAAACAAAGAUUAUAUUGCAAAUCUUGACUGAAAAUUUCGGACUGCGGAAAAGGUGCUAAAUACUGAUAUUUCGAUGUCUUUCUUACUGUUUACGCCUCAAGCUGUACACAUGCAUCCGACGAUCUAAUGUUCUGCACUGAUUUUUUUAAAGAAGCGACUGAUGCAAAAAAGAAGAGAAAUAAAUAUAUUGCUGGUGUAAAGCA